AUGUCAAACUCAACCCCCGUGACCAUAUUCUUUUUUGCUGAUUAUGAGGCCACCGGCACUAAUAUGUAUGUCUACCUUACAGCCACCCUAUUAGCUUAUCUUUCCAUCAUCUUUGUAAAUAUGCUUCUUAUAACAGUAAUUACCAGAGAAAGGAAACUUCAUGAGCCCAUGUACAUAUUUAUUUGUUGCUUGUCUUUAAAUGGACUAUAUGGUAGCUCUGCAUUUUAUCCAGAAUGCAUGACCAAUCUCUUAUCAGAAACCCCAUCUAUAUCUAGGAUUGGCUGUUUUAUUCAGUUGUUUGUCAUUCACACAUACAUUGGCUUUGAAUAUUCAAUUUUGGCCCUGAUGGCGUAUGACCGAUAUGUGUCCAUAUGCCAUCCAUUGAGGUAUAACAGCAUUAUGACCCCAUCUAAAGUCACUCAGCUUUUAUUGAUUGUAUAUUUGUACCCCGUUUGUAUUUUUUGCAUAGAUUUUGCUUUAAUUGUUCAGUUACCACUAUGUGGAUCUCUCAUAGAGAAAGUGUACUGUGACAAUUUUUCAGUCAUCAAGCUUUCAUGUGUGGACAGUUCUUUUAAUAAUGGAUUUGGUCUGUUUGUUUCAACAGUAUUUAUCGCUCCCCCAUUUCUAGUGAUUUUCUACUCCUACAUCAGGAUCCUGACAGUGUGCCUGAAAGCUUCAAAGGAAGCUCGCUUUAAAGCUCUAGAAACUUGCACCCCUCAUUUACUGACUUUCAUGAACUAUUGCAUCGCCACCUGCUUUGAAUUUGUUCAUAAGCAGUUUGACUUGAGCAAUAUCCCUAAUAUAGUGUGUGUUGUCAUGUCAAUAGAUGUUCUUCUGUUCCCCCCUCUUUUCAAUCCAAUUAUAUAUGGGAUUAAAAUGCAGGAGAUAAGAAAAAGAAUCCUAAAAAUUCAUUCCAGUAGAAAAAAUUAUGCUGUUGAAAGAACUGUGAAAAAUGAGCAAAACGUAGUGUGUCUUUCACACUCUGUAUAA